CGCGCAGCGCCGGGGAGAUAGCGCAGAGAGGGGAGGUAGGGAGAGGGGCGUUAGUCGAGCCACCUUGAGAGCCAUGAAAGAUCCGUGGCUCGGCAGUUCUGUUCAAAAGUGAUCACUUGACAACCAUGUAACCAAAGAAAUUCGGCCUCCCUCUCCCUAGGCAAAACUGUUUGACGGAUUAUAAAGGAAGAAGAAUUUGGGUUCAAGGGAAUAAGGCUGUCAACAAGUGAUGCGCGUUUUCGUUUGCCAACAAUGACAGAAGUCCAAAAAAACGGAUCCACACUUUGCGAAUAUCCUUACACGAGGUCUACUUAUUUAGCGGAAGCGGCGGUUUGAGGAGGUCACUCCCACUAGUCCCACUAGUUAGUUAGAAUAACGAUUUUAAUUACUUUGAUUCAAAAAGAUGAGUGGAGGUCGCUUUGAGUUCGAUGACGGCGGGGCUUACUGCGGAGGCUGGGAAGGAGGCAAAGCCCACGGACACGGAAUCUGCACAGGACCCAAAGGCCAAGGGGAAUUCUCCGGCUCCUGGAAUUACGGGUUCGAGGUGGUAGGAGUCUACACUUGGCCAAGUGGAAACACAUACGAAGGAUACUGGUCCCAGGGAAAACGCCACGGUUUGGGUAUCGAGGCCAAGGGUCACUGGGUUUACAAGGGAGAGUGGACGCACGGUUUUAAAGGGAGAUAUGGUACGCGCAUUAGUUUGGGAAGCGGCGCGAAGUACGAGGGAACCUGGAAUAACGGACUACAGGACGGAUACGGAACGGAGACCUAUGCCGAUGGAGGCACCUACCAGGGACAGUUCACCGGAGGCAUGCGUCAUGGCUACGGGGUGCGGCAGAGCGUCCCCUACGGCAUGGCGGCGGUGGUGCGCUCCCCCCUGCGCAACUCGCUGUCGUCCCUGCGCAGUGAACACAGCAACGGCGCAUUGCUGCAGCUGGACACCCCGCACGUCGUCACCACAGGUGGAGGCCCGGGCCAGGACGCGGCGGGCGGGGCAGCAGCACCUGCGGGGCCGAACCGUGGAGGCUUCGCCCUGACGCUGCACGCCGACCCUGAGCUGCUGAAGCCGAAGAAGAAGGGCCUGUUCCGGCGAGGCUCGCUGCUCGGCAAGCUGUCGCGCUCGGACUCGCGCACGUCACUCUCCAGCCAGAGGAGCCGCAUCAGCUUCCUGCGCAGCGAGUCGGCGCUCAGCUCGGCGGCGAGCGACGCCAACUCUGUGGCCAGCCUGGGCGAGAGCGAGGGAGAGUGCGAGGGCCACGCCUUCCCACCGCCCGCCGAGGCCGACAUCGACGCCACCACCACCGAGGUGUACACGGGGGAGUGGAAGAACGACAAGCGCUUUGGCUAUGGCGUCAGUGAGCGCUCCAGCGGCCUCAAGUACGAGGGCGAGUGGCUGGACAACCAGCGGCAUGGCUACGGCUGCACCACCUUUGCCGACGGCGGUAGAGAGGAGGGCAAGUAUCAGCACAACGUGCUGGUCAAAGUCGUCAAGAAGAAGAUGAUCCAACUGAAGGGUGCCAAGACCAAGCAGAAGGUGGAGAGGAGCGUGGAGGGGGCGCAGAGAGCUGCUGCCAUCGCCAAACAGAAAGCAGAGAUCGCUGGCUCCAGAGCCGCCCAUGCUAAGAGUAAAGGAGAGGCUGCAGAGCACGCAGCACGAGCUUCCAGCAACGAGUCCGGUGUUGCGCGAGUGGUUGCCAGAGAGCUCUCGCCUUCAUUCUAUCAACCAGGACCGGAGUACUUGAAAAAGCGAGCUUUGCAGGAGAUUGCUGAGAGCAAUGAGAACGCUGAAACAGGCAUGCAUGAGUUGCUUCUGGUGAAGGAGACCCCUCCAGAGAGCCCCUUUAAGCAGGAGAUGGAGAGCCUGAAGGCCAGCGUCAGCCCAGCACGUACACCCUCACCCAGGCUGGCUACCACUGCCAGCCCCGACCCCGACUUCCUCAGCCCAGGUAGCUGGAAUGGGGCCAGGAGCAGCCAUCCUGGGAGCAGGUCGAGCAGCCGACCUGCCACCCCGUCAUCCGCCCCCGCCCCACCUCCGCCGCCUCCAGAGCAAGAGGAGCCCACAGCUCCCGGUGGCAAGGGCCUGGCCCAGUCACCUGGCAGCCGUCGGAGCACCAGAGGUGAGCAGGGCUCCGAUCUGGAGAUUGGGCCCCUACAGAAGACGGACGCAGAACCCACACCAGCAGAGUAUGCCCCUGUCACCACAGCUCCAGUAAGGACCAGCUUCACCUUCACCACUGAUGAAGAAGAAGCUCCUCCCCCUGCCUCCACUGUGUCCUCCACUGUGACCCCAGAGCUCAAAGCUGCUGAGGAGAAGGUCGAGGUCAAGGAGCCCACGGCCGAGCGCCAAGCCUUGACGUCAGAGAGCAAGCAGGAGGACAGCGAGGAGAGGGAAUCAACUAACAAAGCAGAUGCUAAGCCUCUUCCAAAACGAGAACCUAGCCCAGUCCCAAGACUAGAACCUAGCCCGGCCGUGGUACGGGAACCUAGCCCAGCUGGAAGACGUGAACCAAGCCCGGCCAGAAUACGAGAACCUAGCCCGGCCGUGGUACGGGAAGCUAGCCCAGCUGGAAGACGUGAACCAAGCCCAGCCAGAAGACGAGAACCGAGUCUGGCAGCAAGACGAGAACCUAGCCCAGGCCCGAGAACGAGAUGGGAAGCUACCCCGACUCCAAAACAAGAACCUAGCCCAGCUCCCAAACCUGUGGCUAAGCCUGAACCUAAACCUGUGCCAAUACCAGAACCCAAAGCUAUCGCUAAGCCAUCUGCUAAGGUGGAACCCAAAGCAGAGCUGAAGCAAAGGUCUGUGGUGAAAGGCUCCAGUGAGGUGGCCAGGUCCACAGAACGAGAAGAGGGCCCAAACACUGUUAUGAUCUGCAUGGUCAUUCUGCUGAAUAUUGGUCUGGCAAUUGUCUUUGUCCACAUCUUGUCCUGAUCAGGAAUAUCUGAGAGUGGUACAUUUUUAACCUACGACCUUCUAGAUGAAAAAAAGGAGCGAGAGGAGCUGAAAUGGAUGCCGUGUGCUCCCUUUGAGGCUGGCCUGAUAUGAUGCACAGCCUCAGUAAGCCUCUCGGGCCAUUUGAAAGGCAGUUAAUAUCUGUAUUUGGCCUGAUGGAUGUCAUUCAUUGAACGUGUUUCAGUGUCUGAAUGGUGGAGAGAGUUUAAUUCAGUGAGAGAAUGCAUUUGUAUUUGUUGCUCCUGAAAAAGAUACAUCGGCAUUUAACUGGGCGAACAUCUGUCCAGUUUGUCUGUUGAUACAAACCAAAAGAAUCGCUUAUUUCUAACUAUGGCUACAAAUACAAUGUAUGCAAGACAAGCAUUGAUGUCAUGCUCACUGGUUCAAGACUUAUUUGUCUUUGAAUAUUCACCUUUGGAGAAUAAAUUGAUCCAUAUUGCCAUUAAGUUUUCAACAUCUGAUUUCUUCACUGACUUAAAUGAGAAGGAGCAUGAAAUCACAAGGGGAAACAAUCUACUAUUCGACAAAAAAUACUAACCUGUUGUAUUUAUGGGCUUCUUACUGCCUUAUCCAUGGUGGUAAAAGCCUCAUUAGGGUGUGAUAAUGCACAAAUAGAAUAACGUCUUAAAAUCUCUGCUGCCAACAUGGUCUUCUUUUUAGUCAGCAAAGAGCAAACACUGAGACCAGGUGCUGAAUGGAUGCAAAGCGCUUGAUCUGAUCAGUGAUGGUACAAUAGUCCAUACUAAAAGACUGCGUAUAAGGAACAAAUAUGCAAGUUACACAUACAAAACCCCUUCCAAAUGCCAUGGUUGAAUAUAAUGGAUUCUGCUAUAAAUCUUAUCAAAACGUCACAAAAUCCAUGUCAUAUGUGGAAGGUGGGAUAUCAAUAAGUGCCAGAUGGUUUAUGUUGUUCAGAAUAUGUAGGGCUUUUCUUUAUUUCUGCAUACAAUAUUAAAAGCAUCUCACCUCAAAUAGUUAAAAUGCCUGAAAGAUUUGAACAAAUAUGUUAUUAAUUAGUAGAAAUGUACUGUGAAAUUGCAAGGGUCUGAUGAAUUUAAGUGGUUUGUGAUUGCAAACUUUCUUUUGUGAGUUAUAACUACAGUUAAUACAUUUAGGUGUGUUUACAUUAGAAGUCCAAUCAAUUCAACAAAGCUGUUUUGAAUGCAUGUACACACUUACGCUGAUGACUUUUUUUUUACAUUUCUAAAAUAUAAGUUAAUUCAUCAGCAUCAUGUGUAUUCUCAAAAGUUGUAGGAACUCAUGAAAUAUUGCCAACAGAUUUUGGUUUCUGUAACCCUCUUAGAUGAAUAUAUUACCUUAAAAUUGCAAUUGCAAAACUGAAAAAUUAGUUUAUAAAUGUAACUCCAUGUCUUAUAUUAGAAGGUAGUUAAAAUAUUUAUAGUCACUGGCCAAAUAUGUUUAUUACUAAAAGAAUGAGAGCCGUCAAGGUUAGUAAAUAUGGAUCCUAAUGUAUUCAUCUAACCAUUGGUUGGGAGCCCCUGUUAACCAUAUGAAAUUGUCACUAAGUUCUGAGUAACUGCUAUGCUUUAGUCUCUCUUAGUUUUUAACUGUUUUCACAAGUGUGGCUUGCAAUGGCAUUGUUCGACAAUUUUUUUGCCAAGACCAUUUCUUCUUAUGACAGGAACAUCUACAAUUUUCAGGUUAUAAAUGAAGAACAUCAAAAAGAUAAAGAUUUAUUUAUGGGUUUGCUUUUGAUAUGGACACAUUAAAUCAUGCUUUCACUUACUAAAGAUUAUGACCUAAGAAUAUUCAGACUGGCAUUGUAUGGCUCAUAUUUUUCAACACUGUCAUACCCCAUCCAGAUGAUUAGUCCACAAUUGUUUUAUCUUGGAAUGAAAUUAAAUCAUGGCAUUUAAAGCAC